CAUUUCAUUAGUUGGUUGUUGGUCUUGGUGUUGUUGUUGUUGAUGAUGAUGAUGAUAACUUUACAGUAACUUUCAGGUAAAAAAGCUGAAUAGAGAGAAGAAGAGAGCUUAAAAGUGAGUAAAGUGAGAAGGGAAAAGUUGAUAUAUAAUAUAAUUUGAACAAUUCAAACUGCGCCUUUAAAUUGCGAGAUUUUAACUCAAAGAUUGUAAACGACGCAAGACGAUAAAUUUAAGAUUACUGUUUCUUUAGUUUUGUUUAGCAGCAUACAACGCCAACUUCAUCAUCAUCACCAUCAUUAACAACCGUCAUUUGCAAAACAUUUGUUCAAUUAACAAUAUUCUGGACAAAUUAGUUCAACAGUGUUGAUAGAAAUGUUAAAAAAUUAUUUUCUUGGUUUUUUGCUUUUAACAAGUGUAUUUACAUUGGUCAAGAGUCAAUCAGAAGAUGAAUCUAAUAGUAACAACAACCAAGAUGCAAGAUCAUCGAAUCGUCGAAUCCCUGAUGGAAGAGGCAGCGAUGUUCCCAUCUUUACCAAUGUCCACACUCAUCCUAAAACGGGUUUCUCUUGUUCAGACAAGAAAGCUGGCCAAUAUUACGCCGAUCCGUCUACCAAUUGUGCCGUCUAUUACAUCUGUUUAGCCGAUCAAUAUGGUCGAUUGUCACCAACAUCAUUCGCUUGUCCAAAUGGUACCAUAUUUAAUCAAGCAACCAAAGUUUGUUCACCUCAUGAACAAGUCUUCUGUACUUUGGCAACUCGUUAUUAUGACUCUUAUAGAGGUCACAUAGAUAGUCAAGGAAAGGAUCCAAACCAAUAUACAGCCCAUUAUGAAACCAUCCCAUCACAAUCCCACCAUCAAGCAUCCCAUCCACGAGCUCGACCUAUUGCUGCUGCCCAACCAGUCCAACCAUCAGCUACUCCAGUAACAACACCAAACCGUAAUCAGGGAACCCUUCGUAAUAGUGGUUUUGCCGAUGUUGGUCGAUUCUCUUCUUCUUCUUCUUCAUCCUCUUCCUCUUCAUCGUCUUCAUCUUCCAAUUCACCAUCUCAGGUACAGCCACUUGCACCGACACGUUAUACUCAGCCAACUAGACGAGGUCAAUUCCGUCCAAGUCUCAGUGAGGCUCCAAUUCGAGCAGCCGCACCAGUCACGCCAAGAACAACCACUACAACAACAACAACACCUCAACCACUGCCAGUUGAAUAUGUCUAUGAUUAUGAUUAUGAUUCAAACAAUCCAAACAAUCCUAAUCAUGGAGGUAACCCAAGUGUUGGAGGAGCAAACACAAGACAAGAGUCGCCUUUAAUUCCAAGUCAACCUAAUCCUGGUUCACCAUUAGCGCCAUUACCAUCAUUAUCACCUCUAUCUGCACCCUUUACAUCUUCACCAACUAUUGGACGGAAUAAAAGAUCUGCAGAAAUUGAGGAAACAGAAUCAAGUUUAGUCAACAUUGAUAGAAGAUCAAGAAGAAAGAGUGCACUUGAAUUGAAUUCCGAGGCUGGUUCAGUUGAAAGGCUUAAGCCAUCUAAUUUUACUUGCCAUGGAAAGGUUUCUGGUAUUGCUUAUGCUGAUAUUGCAAAUGAUUGUAAAAUGUUUCACGUUUGUCUACCUGAAACCAAAGGAAAGUUGAGUGAUUAUCAACUCUUCUGUGACAAAGGAUUGGGCUUUGAUCAAGUCAAAGCAACUUGCAAGCCACUUGGUAAAUUUGAUUGCUCAAAAUCUGAUAAAUAUUAUCCAGUCGAUAAAUCCGUUGACCAUGAAGGUUAUCGUAAGAACAAUUGGAGAGUCAAUAAGAAAUUGAGGAGUCCAAUUAAAAGUAACAAUAGUAAGGCAAUUAAAUAGUGAUUAAAGUAAAACUUGCACAAAUUGCCAAAAUCAAGUUGAAGGGAAUCAAGAAAAUUCAAUGAUUGAUUAUUUAAAAAACACUUGAAAACAUCGUUAUCAUCACCUCAACCCUCACCAUCAUCAUAACCAUCGUCAUUAUUAUUAGAGUUUUUAUUCAAUUUUCACUCAAUUUAUAAGAAUACUCAUAUAGACUUAAUUAUAUGAUUAGCGAAAACAAAUUGUUGCCAUUUUAAACUUAAAAAAUAAGUAAACUGUUGAACUCAGCAUCCAAUUUCAAGUCGUCUACUUUUUUGUCGACUUGAUUCAUGAUGCUUUAUAUUUUUUGCAAAAUAUAUAAUUAAAUAAAUUUUUGCGCCUUUUAAUUAUGAUCAACUAA